UCUUUUUAAUGAUCCAGAUAUUGAUGGGUCUGUUCCGAACCUCCGGUGGGUGGCAGUGACCCACCAGUUGGUUCCGGUCCAACAUCAGAGCAGAUCAGGUUCUGAUCAGGUUCUGAUGGUGCAGGAGUGAAACAGAUCAGACUGAAUAAAUCCAUCAUGUAUUGAUUGAUCCAGUCUGAGCUGCUGUUGUCCUGGUGGCUAACACCGUUAGCACCGUUAGCCUGCAGCGACUGAGUCAUUUUCACAUUAAAAGUCGCUUUUAGCCGCAGCUGCCAUGGAAACAACAGCGACGAAAAGACGAGACAACAAGAAAUCCCUGCGGGUUAAAGUCAUCAGCCUGGGGAACGCCGAGGUGGGGAAGAGCUGCAUCAUCAAGCGCUACUGUGAGAAGAGGUUUGUCCCAAAGUACCUGGCAACAAUCGGCAUCGAUUACGGAGUCACAAAAGUUCAGGUCAGAGACAGAGAAAUCAAGGUGAACAUCUUCGACAUGGCCGGUCAUCCCUUCUUCUACGAGGUCCGUAACGAGUUCUACAAAGACAGCCAGGGAGUGCUGCUGGUGUACGACGUGGGGCUGAGGGAGAGCUUCGACGCCCUGGACAGCUGGCUGGGGGAGAUGAAGCAGGAAAUGGGCUCUCAGGCCAACAUGGACAGCAUCGUCUUCGUCGUCUGCGCCAACAAGGUGGACCUGACGAAACGGCGGGUGGUGGAUGAAGGUGAGGGUCGUCUGUGGGCGGAGUCCAGAGGGUUCCACUACUUUGAGACGUCGGCACAGAGCGGCGAGGGCAUCAACGAGAUGUUCCAGGCGUUCUUCUCCUCCAUCACUGACAUGUGUGAGAACGGCGGGAAGCGGCCGGUGUCAGAGGUCAGUGUGGGCUUCACCAAGGAGCAGGCCGACACCAUUCGACGCAUCCGCAACAGCAAGGACUCCUGGGACAUGCUGGGGGUGAAGCCGGGCGCCACGCGGGAGGAAGUGAACAAGGCGUACAGGAAGCUGGCCGUCCUGCUGCACCCGGAUAAAUGCGUGGCCCCCGGCAGCGAAGACGCCUUCAAGGCGGUGGUGAACGCUCGCACCUCGCUGCUGAAGAACAUCAAAUAACGGAGAACCGCCGCUGCUCCAACACUGCUCCUUAUUUAUCUGGAUAUUUACUCUAUCUCUGUGCCACAGUGCUGUUUGCCAACCCUUAACCUUUGACCUUUAACCUGAGGACAGCCGGGUCUGACGAUGAGGACGGCAGAGUCCACCAGAACCAACCAGGUCCAUUUAGAGAUCUGAGUCUGCCACUGAAAUGUUAUUUAGAUUUAAUUUAAAUAUUUUAAAAUAUUUUUAUUCUUUUCAAAUAUUUAGGAAAGUUUCCUGUUAAUUUUUGUAGAAAUUAAAAUUUUCUUUAAAGUUAUAAUUUUCUUCCAUAACAUUGUAAAAAUUUGUAUUUUAAAAUCUAAAUUAAAUAUUUAUUAUUUUAACAUCUUAACUGAUCAAUUAAUUAUUUUGAAAUAAUUAUUAUUGUCACUAUUAAUAAUACUAUUUAAUUUUUUUGUUAAUAAUCUAAAUUUAAAAAAUAAAACUUCUUUUAAUGUUACUUUCUGUGAGCGUCCAAAUAUGUAAAUUUGGUUCACAAAUUUUUAGGGAAUAAAUUCUUUUUACAAUUUUUGUUUAGUUGUAUCAAAUGUUUAAUUUGGCUAAAUAUACGUUGCAGCAUUUUUAAGAAUAUUAACACUAUAUAAACAUCACACUUAGCUUGAAAAUAACAAAAAGUGAAGUUUUUUACCCCCACCCUUCAAAAAAAGUUACAAUUGUAAAAAAUGUAAAAACUGAGAAAACUAUAAGGAGUUUCUAUGGUGAUAUUGGCAGAUAAUCCCUUUUUUUAAUUUGAGAAUUAAUUUAAAUGUUUAAUAUGGACUGAUUUGGGAUUUAGUGUUAUAUUAAUAAUAAUAAAAUGUUUUAGAUUAAAUGUUCCAAAUUCAACAUGUUUAUUAAAAUUAUCUCUAAAAUCAGAAACAAAUCGAUUUUCUCCAAAAAACAGAUAAAAAUGA